GCUUGCUUGUGAUUGGUUACUGACCACGAAGUGAAAGGCCGCUCCCCUCGCUAAACUGCUCGAAAUUCGUCCUCGACCCAACUGGGCCGUAAUUUUUCCUUUUUACGUCAAUUCAUUUUGGAAGAUUUGUUGAAUGGAACUUUGGAACAUUUUACACCCAACCGCCUUUCGCUUGGCUCUGCUCUCCUUUGUCCUGCUCGAGGCGCAAACGCUCAGCGAACACAAACAGGAAGGCGGCGGGGAUAACGACGGCGGCUGGUGGUGCGGGUCCCACCUGAGUGUGGAGGAUGAAGGUCUGUGUAACUUGGAAGUGGUGGACGGCUCUUCGCUGUCAUUGCGUCACUUCCUGGACAGUUACGCGUACAGGAUGCCGGUGGUCAUCACAGGACUGACGGACAACGCCAAAUUCCGCUCUUUGUGCUCCAAGUGGAAUUUACUGGCUGGAUACGGUGAACGGCAAGUGCGUCUCAGUACAGCCAACACCUAUUCAUACACCAAAGUGGACGUGUCCUUCAGGGACUACGUGAACGUCCUCCUCAGGCCGCAGUCGCCCGGCGUUCUGGGCAGCGGUGAGUCGGAGAGGGCCAAAGACGUGAUGGAAAUGGGCUCUAGUCUUUGUUGUGCUUCUCUUUUCUAUGCACGUUGGCGACCAGCAGAAACUUUGUACAUGUUCGGUGACAACAACCUGAGCGAGUGGCAGAGUCUUCUGGAUGUUUACAAGCCGCCCCCCUUCUUGCUGCCGCACACCAGCCGAGCUUUCAGCUUUGGAGUUGCCGGUCCUGGAACUGGCGUCCCCUUCCACUGGCACGGCCCGGGAUACUCGGAGGUCAUCUACGGGAGGAAGCGCUGGUUCCUGUACCCGCCGGAACAGGAGCCCCACUUCCACCCCAACAUUAGCACCCUCUCAUGGCUGAGAAACAUCUACCCGCAUCUAACCCCACGCCAGGCCCCGCUAGAGUGCACCAUUCGACCUGGACAGGUCCUAUAUUUCCCUGACCGCUGGUGGCACGCCACUCUCAACCUGGACACAAGUGUCUUUAUCUCUACAUUCCUGGGAUGAAGCUGAUGAACACACAAGAACCAUCUGACAAACUUUACCUUUUCGUGACCCUUGAUCUUAUAUGUUCAACUUUCAUAAGAUUAAACAAAAAAAUAAUUUUCUUGUCAUCAUCCUGUUGUAAAAUGAGUAAACAUGCGGCCAAUGGUGACAGACAA